UACAAAUUGUUUUACUGUCCACCUGAUGGAGAAUGUGACCAGUGCCCUACCUGCUGGAGCAGUAGCUGCUGUACUAAAGCCCAGCACAGAACUUCCUAAAGGGAGCUCAACUGUACAUGGCUAUGACUUUGACCAUGGAUUAGACUAUCAUGCCUUGCUCCAGUCAUAUCUCAACACUGGUUUCCAGGCUACCAGUUUUGGACAGGCUGUGAAUGAGAUCAAUCGAAUGAUAGAAGCAAAGUUGACACCAUUAGGUGAGGAUAAAGGAAAUCAUGCUGAUUUGAAUCCCUGUUCCCGCUGCCUGACUGGCUGCACAAUUUUCUUGGGCUUCACUUCCAACCUCAUCAGCUCAGGUGUGCGUGAGACCAUCCGUUAUCUGGUGCAACAUAACAUGGUUGAUGUUUUGGUGACCACAGCAGGUGGUGUGGAGGAAGAUCUGAUCAAAUGCUUGGCACCCACUUACAUCGGAGACUUUAGUUUGCAAGGGAAAGAAUUACGGCAAAAUGGAAUUAACAGGAUUGGGAAUCUCUUGGUGCCCAAUGACAAUUACUGCAAGUUUGAAGACUGGCUAAUGCCAAUCCUGGACCAGAUGGUGACUGAACAAGACACAGAGGGUAUGAAAUGGACUCCGUCAAAGCUCAUUGCUCGGCUUGGCAAAGAAAUCAACAAUCCAGAAUCAGUCUGUUAUUGGGCACAAAAGACCUGAAACUCAUUAAUACCCAAGCCAUCUUUGCCAGGAAGACAGGAAUGAUCAUCUUGGGUGGAGGCCUUGUUAAGCACCACAUUGCCAAUGCAAAUCUGAUG